AUAUUAUUCAUAGAGAGCGUUGCGAUCAGCUCCUCGGAUAUACAAAAAUAUCCGUAGUGUUUUAUUAAACAAAUUAACAUUGUUAAAUUGAGUUUGAAUUAAUUUAUUAAUUAAUAAUGGGCGAAAAAAAGGAGGCGUUUUUAUUCAGAUUCGCUGAUGCUGUUUCAAAUAUUCUCGAAACACCUGUCGUCUGGUUCCGAGAAACAAUUGUUGAGCCUAAUAGAAAAGUGUAUCCCUGGUAUCAUCAAGUAUAUAGACGAGUACCUACCAUUGAUGAAUGUUAUACUGAUGAUUUCGUCUGUCAAUAUGAAGCUAAUGUACAAUACCAAAAAGACAGAAUGGUUGACAGUGAAAUCGUCGCAAUUUUAAGAAAUAGAUACGAAGACUGUCUUCUUUACAAUCAAGAAGAUGGUGAAAAAUUAUGUGCUGGUGUCCUUGAAGCUGUGGAACAAGCAACUGCAGAUUGGUGUGCAAAACACUCUGAUCUUGGGCCACUGCCAGAUGUUAAAGAUGCUUUUAUGAAACAAAAACAUCGUAUGGUUUGGGAAAGAAGGCAUGGACCCGUUGGUUCCGGAAUGAAACAAAAGGCCGAAUUUUGAACCAUCUUGUGUAGAAAUAUAUAAACAAUAUUGUAAAAUUCGAUCUGUAGAUAAUUAAUACAUUAAUAAAAAUCUUGGGGUACACU